CUGGAAUCAAAUAAUUAUAGAGCAUGGAAACAGGCCCUUCGGCCCAACCAUGCCGACCAGAUUUCCUAAACUGAACUAGCCCCAUUUGCCUGUGCUUGACCCAUUUCCUUCUAAGCCUUUCCUAUCCCUAUACUUGUCCAGAUGUCUUCUGAGUCUUAUAAUUAUGCCACCCUGUACCACCACUUCCUCUGGCAGCUCAUUGCAUAUGCACACCACCCUCUGUGCGAAAAUGUUGCCCCUCAGGGCACUUUUAAAUCUUUCCUCUCUUGCCAUAAACCUUUGACCUCUAGUUUUGAACUCCCCUGGCCUGGGGAAAAGACCUUUGCCACUCAUCUGAUCUAUGCUUGUCAUGAUUUUAUAAACCUGUUAGCCUCCUACAUUCUUGGGGGGCAGAGAGCUGGGGGGAAGCCCCUGUCUAUUCAGCUUCUCCUUAUAACUCAAAACCUCCAGCCUUUUUUUUUUAAAGGGCUGUCCUCCUCUCCUGUCUCCAGCUAGAUGUUUACAAUAUUUUGUCUAUUCAGAAACGAGCAUUAUCAGCUCAGUUAAUACACAGAGGAGGAAUUGGAAAAUCAUUCCUGGCAGGUAAUGUCACUCAUUUCCCAUCAAUUGGGUUGGGAUUGUUCCAAGCAUCUUCACUAGAGACACUUACUGACCGUGGAGGGAAGUCGAUGGUUUGUUCAACAGAGGCUGAUUUGUCUUUGAAUGGGCCUUAGGCCACGAAUGAAUACCAGUUUCCGACGCGAUAAAAUGUCUCCAAAUCUUGGAACAGCAAAGCCUCACUGUGCUGCCCUCCCACAUUUAUGUGCCUUCAUUGGUCAGAGCGUUAAGUGCAGGAGUUGGAUCAUGGUAUUGCGGUUGUACAAAACAAUAGUGAGGCCACUUUUGGAGUACUGUAUACAGUUCUGGUCGCCCUGCUAUAGAAAGGAUAGUAAUAAAUUAGAAAGGGUACCGAAAAGUUUUACAAGGAUGUUAGAGGGACUGGAGGGUCUGAGUUAUAAGGAGAGGCUGCAUAAGGAGGGAUGUUUUUCCCUGGAGUGUAGGAGGUUGAGGGGUGACCUUGGAGAUUUAUAAAAUCACAAGAGGCACAGAUAAGGUGAAUAGCCCGUGUCAUUUCCCUAAGGGAGGAGAGUCCAAAACUAGAGGGCAUAGGUUUAAGGUGAGAGGAGAAAGAUGUAAAAGGGAGCUGACCGAAGCGUCUGUUUCUGCGCUGUGACACUCUCUAUCAUUUUACUUACUCAUGAUAUUGCACCUCGACUGUCUUCCUGGCGCAUUGCCAACUUGGAAAUGCCACUAACAAUCAACAAUUUGGUUGAACCAUUGAAAAGAAACAACAAAGAGAUUUUGAAGAGACAAAGAACAGUUCAGCACAUGGACCCUAACGGUACACAGUUGGAAUCCGAGCUGUCGCAGCAAGAUACCCCGUGCCUGAUUGUAGAGGACUCGCAGGCUGAGAGUGUGCUGUCGGAGGAUGACCCUGACCAGAGCUACCGGAAUCUGCAAGCCAGGUGCCUGUCGAACCUGCAGACCCGCACACGGAGCCCCGUGCUGGAGCUGAUUGCUGGCCCACAGGCAGCCAAGACUUCAGCAGGAGGUGACAAGGCGCCUGUUGCCCGGAAGGAGAUGCACCACAAAGUUCUGGGCGCUAUGGAAACAGUGGUAUGUCAGAAGCCUGGUGAACCGUCCAUUCCUUCGAUGGGGCCUCUGUCGCGGCCAAAGGGGCAAAGCCACCCUAUCUGUGUCCGGCCAAGCGCGCAGGAGGGAGAAGCUGAAGACACUCGUGUUGCGGAUUCCACCACCAACUCGGUCCCUGCUGAAGGUUUGUCACAAGCUGGUCUGGGACUGCUUGAAUUGCCCGAAAGCCAAGGGAGCGAUCCCGAGGCGAGUGCCAACAAGACGGGUGGGAGCACUCAUGGAUCUGAGGAGAUCAAUGUGGACGUCUGCAGUGAGGAGCAAGAGCCCGACACCAUGGCUGGGUCAGCUGGGCUAACAGUGAGUGAAAAGCCUUUAACUGGGACUGGAAGCAGUCACCGGAUUGAGAGGUCGGAGAUUACCUCAAGUGUAUCCACGUGGCAAGUGGAGCUGGCAGCUGACCAAGAGGCCCAUUUCCUGAUGCCGUCUGGACUGCGGAUUGAGGGGCCUCCAUCCAAAGCAGGCCCGGAACGUUCCAAGACCGUCCUGUCAGAGGAGGAUGCUGUGGAGCCCAGUCUGUCAGGUGCCAGUGCAGGAACUCCUCCAAGAAAUGAAAGUCUUUUGGCUGCUCGUGUAGAUCGCCUGCAGGUCCUUCAUCUUUCAGGGCAACAGACGCUGGUGCAGGACAGUCUCUCAGAAAGUUCCAACGAUGUGAUCGAUCCAUCCCAGGAAUCCUUUGGACCAACCCCCAUCAUUGUUCCCAGCAGCCCGACCAAUCAAGACGAAGAUUUGGCAGAGGAGCCGAUGGAUACCUCGGUGCCAGCUGCCAGCCAGUCGGGAAAAGCUCCCUGUGAGGAGGAGGAGGAGCCAAUGGAAAUGGACCGGCCGGUGGAGCAGACGGAGCGUGCUCCAGUCCGAGCUCCGCAGUCUUCGACCCCAGUGUCCGAGAGCGUUCCUGUUUUCACAGCGGGACAGCUGCUCCCUGUGCCAUCACUGCCCGACCUGUCCCAUGAUAUCUUUGUGCCCACACCCAGCUUGAGAGAAGGAAGUGGCUGUGAUGAAGGCGUCAGGUCAACUGCAGCUUUGAUGGGAAGUCUCUCCAGGAUGCCCAAGGACAGACAGGAGGAGGAGGGAGAGAGGCAAGACCGGGGGCAGACUGGGAGCUCAGACUUCGCGGUUGUCAAGAAGCGCAACAAUGGAGCCGGGGAGCCUUUCGAGCUGAAAUUGUCGGCCAGUGGGCGCUUGCAGCCAAUGGAGACGGACGACAGUGAGAUCCUGACUGAGGAAGACAGCCAGGCUACACAGAUUGAAGGAGGAUCGGGUACGAACCCUACCGAGGAAGGCGAGCUGGAGGGGAGUCACAGCAUUCACCUCCGAUUGACAGGAGAGAGCCAGGCGCUGAGCCUUCAAGCUUCCGAGGCCUCAGUUACAGACGCUCUGGAAGGCGAGAGAGCGGAGGCUGAGUGUGGCACAGGUGAGAUGCCUGGCAGACCCCGGCAAACGAGCCAACUGUCGCCCCCCUGCCUCAGGCCCUCACGCCUCCUCCGCCCCAGCUCUCCCUAUGGUGACCUGCCCAAAGGCUCGCUCGCGGAGAGAGGAAGAACAGCGAACGAGGCACUGACGGAAGACUCGGAGGCUGGACCCGGGGCUCCAACUCUGGAGGAGCAUGAGGUGAGGCAAACUCCCCAAGGGGAGGGGAGCGAAAGUGCCCAGAGAGUGACCCUCCCUCUUGAAGCUUCACCAUCUGCGACACUCCGCAAAGAAAUGCAACUGAAGGAAGAUGAGGAGCCGAUGGAGCAGGAGCCCAUUACACCAUCUGACUCGGAAAGUCCUGGUGAAACAAGGGCCCCUGCAAAACCAGAGUGUUCCAAGCCCCCGGACCCUCCAGUUACAAGUUCCGAAUGUUCCCGAGACAAAGGCUUGCGCACUGAGGGUGAGGCAGUGGGUGCUGUUUUCCAGAGCCAUGAGGUGCCCGGUGAGAGCGCACGUGAAGGUGGUCAGCUGGUUCCUACUGAGCGGCAAAAACCGGUGGAGAUGUUCCCUCCAUCAUCAGAGAAAAUCCACGGAGCGCCCUCGGGACACCAGGAUAGUUCUUUGAUCGACGCAGAGCUGCCGCCUUCACCAGCUGCCGGCGACGCCGAGCCUGGGAAGGAUCUCCAGGCGGAGCUGGUCAUCAAGAUGCAAGCUGGAGAUCCGGGCACUUUGAAGGAGCCAAAGAAUGUGAGCAUCCGGAGCCCAGGGCACGAAGUGAGAAUCCCAGAGGGGCAGAACCACCAGCUGGAGGCUGAGGAAUUCCCAAAACCCUGCAGCGUUGGCCUGAUGAUGGGAUCUCCAAAGCCGGAGGUGGAAGCUGAUGAGCAGGCUCCGAGUGUGGGUGUUACAGAUGUUCAGCAAUUGGAACAGUCUGCAAAGAGCCUGCUGGACAGUUCUGGAGAAAUUCCGUUCCACUUCACGCUACCAAAGGAGGGCGAUGUUAUUCAGCCGAUAGUCAGCGGUACCCCGCCUCUUGUUGGUUCAUUGAAGCAAGGCCCCCGACACAGCACUCCCAUUGAGCUUGAAGGCCGCGCCAUAGCAACGACUGACGUCACUCCUGACAACGCCAUGGCAACCAGUGAUGUAGCAGCCGAGGGGAGUGUGCGAGGGACCUCAAAUUCCGAAUCCCCCUCAGUGGCAACAGCCAAUAGCAAGCUGUGCCUGAAGAUGCAGCUGGAAACCCCAGUCCAGGAAGAUGGGACCCACUCGGCUGUCUUCAGCCUUGAGAAACCUCCUCUGGCAGGAGCACCAACAUCUGCUGCUGAAGCCGUUGCCAGCGUGGCGAAGAGCCAGUCAGUGUUCAGUCGGGUCUGUGAGGUGAGGAGGGAAACAGAGGCACGGGAGCGGGAGGAGGUCACCAGCCUGUUUAGAAGAGAGCCUCGCAGUCUCCCCAGUGAUGAGGAAGAGACAGGGGAAGCUCACGAAGACCUCAGGGCUUGGCAGCACCAACAGUGGACGAAACAGAGAGCUCGUCAGCACUUCCAGGCGACUGAGACCGUGCCAGGAGGUGCCCAGGAGGAGGAGGUUGGUGAAACCCCUGAGGAGUCCAUGCCUGAAUCAAUUACCAGCAAACCGACUGCUGGGAGCACCGGGGAGAGCGAGGAAGAGGCCAUGGAGCUGGACGUGGUGAGCUGCGGCCAAGGGGUGGCCGGGGGCUGGAGGGAGAGCCCCUCUGGCGGGACACAGGAGAUCCGAGAGACACCCCCAGGCAAACUGGGGAGUGGGCAGGCCGCACCGGGUGAGGGGCGAGAUGUGGCACCGGGGCACCGUCUGGCUCACCCAUGCUGCCACGCAGACGGGCGGCAGUAUCAGGAGGAUGAGGACUUCGAGCUGCCAGCGCCGCCUCCUGGUCGGCUCCCGAGACACGUCCGAACGAUCCGGGAGGUGCGCACGAUGCUGACCCGGAUCAUCACUGACGUGUACUACAUCGAGACGGGAAAGAGGUGGGAACGCAAAGUAACUGAGGAGAGUGAGGAUCCAGUGGUGGAAUGUCGGGAAUAUGAGAACGAGGUGUCUCCGUCUCGGGCCACUUGCUCCAUGACCUCGGGUGACCUCGGUGACAUCAGCUCCUUCUCCUCCAAGGCAUCGAGUUUACUGCGAGCUUCGAGUGGCACCAGCAGCAGCAGCAGUGUGGGAGGGGGCACUGCCCCUCUGGAACGGGGCAGGGGUACCGCUACCUCCCGAGGAAGGAAUGGGGGACCAGACCCUCGAGAGUUUGUAGUGCCCAGCGGCAGAGGAAUCCACUCGAAACUGAGCCCAAGGAAGGUUGGAGCCCAGUACUGGUCACCGUCCAAACAGCCACUGUCUGGGCUGGCAGAGACUGAGGAGAUCGCGAUGAGCAACAAACAGACACCUAGAAGCCUCCCAGCUCGCGGCAGGGGCAAACGAGGGCGACCACCCAUCAGAUCUCUGGUUGGGAGGGAGAUGAUGCAGACUUCACCCAGGGCUCGGGGGGAGAAUCCAUCAAGUGCCACGUCCCCAGAGGAGGAGCCCUACACCCGGAUUGCCGCCCGUGCCCCUGAGAAGGUGGGAGGGGUGCCGUACCCGCGCUCGGCCUCACCGGAGAUCCCACAAGCCCAGGGCCCACGUGCUCCCCGCUCCGAGCUCUCGGCCUCUCAGAGCAGCAGCUUCGUGGGUCUGCGAGUGGUCGCCAAGUGGUCAUCCAAUGGGUAUUUCUAUUCUGGAGCGAUUACCCGUGACUCUGGGGAUGGCAAGUACAAGGUGCUGUUUGACGAUGGCUAUGAGUGUGAAGUGCCUGGCAAAGACAUCCUGCUGUGUGACCCCAUUCCCGUGGAGACAGAGGUGACUGCCCUGUCUGACGACGAGUACUUCAGCGCAGGGAUCGUGAAAGCUCACAGGAAGGAGGCCGAAGAGUUUUACUACUGUAUCGAGAAGGACGGCCUGCAGAAGUGGUACAAGAGGAUGGCAGUCAUCCUGUCGCUGGAGCAGGGCAACCGGCUCAGGGAACAGUUUGGGCUCGACCCCUGCGAGGUCACCACCCCUCUCACCAUGGCAGCUGACAUCAGCUUGGAUAACCUGGUGGAAGGGAAGCGUAAACGCCGCACCAACGCUGGGCCCAGUACUCCGACCCGGAAACAGGGGGAGAGCCCCCGGAGCCCGGCCUUCUCUGGGAAACGGAAGCUGAUGGGCUCGGAUGAGGAGCGCUCGCCAGCGAAACGUGGUCGGAGACCGGGAACUACAAAAUCCGCAAUUCUGAAGCCGACUGGGUUUCUCAGUCCCUCCGAGGGGGAGGUCUCCAGCGAAUCCAGCUCCAUGUUGGAAACCCAGCAUGGCCCCAUCCCAAAAAGACCCACCCUGUUUGUGGGGUAUGCCUUCAUCCUGACAGCAGCGAGUGAGUCAGACCGCAGGACCAACAAGCAAGCUCAGCCCGAUGGAGCCAUCAGCAGCGAGGAAGAGGAGGAGUUUGUGGAGACCGCAGCCUACAACAAACAGUACACUGAGAGGCAGCUCCGAGCUGGUGGGGGCUACAUCCUGCAGGAUUUCAAUGAAGCCCAGUGUAAAGCUGCAUACCAGUGUAUCCUGAUCGCUGACCAGCACUGUCGGACAAAGAAGUACUUCCUGUGUAUUGCCAGUGGAGUCCCGUGUGUGUCGAACCUCUGGUGGGACAGCUGCCUGGCCAGUCAGCUCCAGCCAUAGAAUUACCUGCUUCCAGCAGGAUACAGUGAGGCUGACCGCAUCCUGGAAUGGCAUCCCCGGAGCACUCCGUUCAAGAACAUGAAGCUGCUGCUCGUGUCGGACCAGCAGAGCUUCCUCAGCCUGUGGUCGGAGAUCCUGAUGAUGGGAGGGGCAAUGUCAGUUAGGCAGCACAACUCCUCAGCUCACAAUAAAGACGUCCCGCUGGGAAUCUUCGACAUGGUAGUGACGGACCCUUCCUGCCCGGCCUCGCUGCUGAAAUGCGCGGAAUCCCUUUCCCUUCCUGUGGUGUCUCAGGAGUGGGUCAUCCAGAGUUUGAUCAUGGGGCAGAGAGUCAGCCACCGCAGCCACCCCAACUACAAACACACCUACAAACCCAGUUAAAGGGAAAUGGUCCAGCGUGUCCCUCUCCGCCCCCCCCA